AUGGGAGAUUUCCCUUUAGCUCAAGUGGCUGGGUCCCUGUUGAGUGAUGCCGGAGUCCUGGGUUCUAGUGCCUGACAGUGGGGGGCCGACCUGAGGUGGCAGAGACGAUAGUACAUACUGUACCCAUGUGAACCCUGGAGCAUUACAAUAUGUAUCUCCUGACUUCUUUUCAUUCCUUUUGAGAAAACAAGAUUCUGCAGUGUCCCUGCACCCACGCUGUUAAAUGGCAAGUCCAUCUUGGAUAAAGCAUGCUGGGAUUAAAAAAAAAUAUUCUUUCUUUCUUGUUUAUUCCUGCUGAGGGUUACAGCAAGCCAGGACUAGACUCUGUACAGGAUACUGGUCCUCUGGAGAGAGCUCACACACAGGGUCAAUGGAGAGAGACCAGUUAAUAUAUCCAGCAUGUCUUUCAUAGGAGGGGGGAAAGUGGAGUACCCAGGUCUGUGAGGCAGUAGCACUAACCAGCCCUGCCCUGCCCCUCUGCCGAGUACAAACCACCCAAAAUACCAGAAGAAAACCUACAGGGCUUUUUUCCUGUUCCUGUUUUCCAAAGCCAGCAAAAUAAACUUUGAAGAUUCAAAAAGGAAACCCAGAUACAAAGGCACAGAAAUAAUUCCCCCACCCCCUCAGAAGUGGUCAGUGUUCUACAGCUGGAGAGCUUUUGUCGCUCAUAUUCUUCUCAUAUUCACAUGUACAGUAUGUGCUUCCAGGAUCUAAGACUAAAAAACAAAGCCCAUGGCAUCCUCACUCCCAUACAAAAGCACCAUCCAGCAAGAGGAAUCUUUAUACAUUUGAUUUUAAAGAAGAUGUCUGGGCUGUCAAAAUCCUACAUCCUUAAUUGAUGAGCUGAUGCGGAGCCUAUGGUAUGUCUUUUGUGCGGCUGUGGCAUUUAGAUUUCUUCCACUUCAUCUCGAGGGCAAGGCUGUUUCCAGACUGUGUCUCCAUUGUCUGAUCAGUUUCCUUCCUUCCUUCCUUGAAUUCCCGACCGGAGUUUUAGUUUCCCCCUCUUUUUUUUGUACUCAAGCCACCCUGCAGUUUCUGCUGUCCACAUAUAAAAUCACGGGGAGAAUAUAAUAUGCUUCAGCACUAAAAAAGUAAUCAAUACAUAAAAUACAUAAUAAAGGAGAUUUAGUCUUGUACUUUUUCCUGUGGUCUAUUCUGUUAUGUACUCUAGGUUAUACAUGCAGAACCCAGCUUCAGUGCAAUGCACCUCUUUGACACUGCAAAGUAAAAGCCAUACUGUACAACACCAAGCAUACAACAGAGGAGGCACAAACACCAGAAUCAUGUAGAUUGGUGCUCAGCACUGGGUGUAAGUACUGUAAAAGCUCAUGAUUGGGCAAAAUAUGAUAGUGACAAAUGGUGCGUAUUAGUAAGGCAAGAGCUAUCUAUUAAAACAAUUACAGAAUGUAAUAUGUUCCCUCAUUUAAAGUUUUAGGAACUAUAUUCAUGCAUAUCAUCUUACACUGCAUGCUGAAAGAGAGCUGGCUUCUUCUGCAAGCCUUUUGCAAAAAGGAAGUGGAUCUCUCUUGUGGUGAACAGAGGCAGCAUACUGGAGACCGAGAGGGUAAAGUCUAUACCCUAUAAAGGAUCUAUACUGAAGAAAUUCAACAAGGGGACAUUUCAGAAUGAGGCUAGCAGACCUAGGGGCAAUUUGGGCUCAAAUGUAGAUUGUUUUUGAAAUGUCUAGAUGAAAGGAUGGUAGAGAAUUAAAAAUGAAAGAGAAAUGCCAGUCAAAUGUUUAAAAUAACACUUUACACUCAAUCAAUCAGAAGGACAGUUUAGUCUUGUGCUGUGAGCAUCACUGGAAAAAGAGUUAGGAAAAGAUCUUGCAAGAUAUUGUAUAUCCCAGAAGAAAUUUUAAAAAGUGAUUUGGGUGGUUUAAUGGUAUUGAGGGCAGUACAGGUCAAACAGCAGAUCGAGUCAGAUUUGGAGUGUUUUCCGCCUCCAUGUGGCUGGUUCAUUACGUUGAGCAGCUUCUCUGAGUGAGACAGUGUGAGACACACCAGUGCGGAGUCUCUUAAAAAAGCGUGAGCUCGUUUCCUAGUCUGAACUGAAAGGAAGCAGCUGAGGAGACUCUGUUACCGAAAAGCUGAACAUGCUGAACAUGAAAUCUUCUGUGCAUACUCUCACUCUCGUCACUGUUCUAGGCUGUGUGAUGUCAGCAGAGAGGAGAGUGAAUGGAUCUGAAGGAGAAAGUGUAGAGAUUAAGUGCAACUAUCCAGAUGGGUAUCAGUACAAGAAGAAGUACUGGUGUCGGCAUCCCUGUGGGAAUAAGGAUGUUCUCAUUAAAACUGGCAAGACGGACACUGUGGUCUCUGUGGGGAGAUUCUCUCUCUUUGACAACGUCUCAUCCAGGACCUUCACUGUGACCAUGAGCAGACUGACCCUGCAGGACACUGGGGUGUAUUACUGUGGACUGGAGCAAUGGGGGACUGACAGACUCUCAAAAAUAGAUCUGAGAGUCAGGAAAGCUCCUGCAGUCCCCACAGUGACCCCCUCAGCUCCAGGGACUGUGACAGAGGAGGUCACUGCCACAGCGCUGACAGCCAGCUCCAGCCAGGACACAGCCAGCAGCACUACAGGUGGCAAAAAUGACUCUCUCAGUAUGGCAGCUACAAACCACACGGACAUCUCGAAGCAAGACCACAACGAUGCAAAGUCUCUGAUUGGAGCAGCUCUUGGAGUAAUGGCACUUUUGCUCCUGGUGGCCGUUUUCAUUCUUGUGAGACAGAGACAGAAGAGAGCCACACGCUCCCUGGAUAAGAAACCCACUGUCAGGAAUGGAGCUACAGGUACAGAGCAGCAGUAUGUGUUCAUGAAAAAGAAGCAGGAACAGCUGCAGGCCUCCUUGCUGGCGACAGAGCAUCGCACACAAAACAAGCAGCAGAGGCCCAACAGCUGCAGCCCGUGGGUCCGCUUGCUCACUGGAAACCAACAGUGUGCCCCUCUGACGCAGAGUGAAGACGUGGCCCCGGGAGUGUAUGAAGAGAUUGACGCAGGAGGCGCCAGGCCCCUGUCCUCGGUGUACUACAGCGUGUCGUACCAUCAGGAGGAGGACAGCCAGGGACUCUACUCCCUCGCACAGCUGCCUGUCGACACACCCGAGGACAGUGAGGUCUACUCCUUCAUCACAGCCCACUAAACUGGGCCUGCACUGUGACCACACACUCCUACAGGCGGAAGACCUCAGUGUGGUCAAUGACCACUAGGGGGCGACAGCGCUCCACUGAGAUCAGUGACUGACGGCCGGCGCUGCCCCGGGUCUCC